CCGCUGGUUGACAGAGAGGAAGUUUGUCUCCUUCAGUUUGACUUGGACAGUCUGAACAACAACAGAGAGAGAUGAAGGUUUAUUCCCUGCUGCUGUCGAUCGUCCUCAGCUGCUGCUCUGCUGAAGAUCCUCCUGGUCCUUUGUCAAUCCGUCUGAACGCUAACGUCCUGCUUAACCAAACCGAGGUGGUUCUGACCGCCGGCUCUGCCUUCACCCUCAGUUGCCAUGGUAACGGUGCGGUCCGUUGGUCCAGCACUGCGUUCCGUCUUCUGUACCAGGACAGACUGCCGGACCCAGUGGAGGUAAGGAGGUCGGACCCCAGACACACCGGGACGUACCACUGUGGGUAUACCAACCAGAGCCUUAAACACCUGGACACCUGGAUCCACCUGUACAUCAAAGACCCAGCUGAUCCCUCCAGUGUGUUCGUCACACCUCGCAGCACCCCUGAUGUCAAGGAGGGCCAGGACUUCCUAUUCAGGUGUCUGUUGACCGACCCGUCCAUCACUAACCUCACCCUCCAAUCAGAGGGCAGUGCUGGGGGCAGGGGGCGGGAUCUGCCCCAGGACAUGAACGUGACCUUUGACCCCCAGAGAGGAGCACUGAUCCGAGACCUGCGGAAGUCGUUCACUGGACGCUACGUUUGUUCAGGCUGGAAAGACGGAAGGCAGUUCAGAUCCAGACCUGUCGACUUGCUGGUGGUCCCCAGGCUGCAUCAUCCUCCCUCCCUGUCUGUCAGUCAGGAUGAUUUGGUCCGUCUGGAAGGAGAGAAGUUUGAGCUCACCUGUCUGACCAGUAAUCCCUCCCAUUUCUACAACGUCACCUGGACACACCUGAACAAAAAGACGCUGAACGUCACUGUCAGCAGUCACUAUAGCAACGGCCGCCUGUAUAUCAACAGCACUCUGACGGUCUCUGCUGUCAGUCUGACACACAGUGGACCCUACACCUGUACUGCUGUCAAUGAAGCUGGAGUUGCUACGGCAACCGCACAACUCAGAGUUCUGGGUAAGAACACAAGAAACACAAGACAAUCACUUCCACCACUUCCAAAUGAUAUUUACUGUCUCUCCUCUUCUUCCUCACCAGAUGGUCCCUACCUGAGGAUCUACCUGCAGCCGAUGCAGCCUGCUAAUGCUAACACCAAGACCAUAGAGGUCAACUGGGACCGGCUUGCUAACAUUAGUAGGAUGCCAAUUGAGUUGCAAGACGAGCUAGAAGCUAACAUUAGCAGCAGUUCACUGGAAGUGAACGGGGAACUAAUUGCUAAUGUAAGCACCAAUGGAAUGGGUGGGAACGGGACUAGCACUGCUAACAUUAGCGGCAGCAGCACAGUGGUGGUGCAUGAAGAUCAAGAUGUGAUGCUGACCUUUGUGACGGAGGCGUAUCCUCCAAUCAGGAACCAGCGCUGGACGACACCAACACAUGUCAACAACGGCAACAACAACAUGGUGUACCAGGAAAGCUACGCAGCUAACGGCUACAGGUCGGAGGCGAGCUUGCUGCUGCGGCAGGUUGGUCAGAAGGAUCGAGGUCGAUACUCGUUCCACUUCUCUAACUCCUUCUUCAGCGGCUCGCAGAACAUUGACCUCCGAAUUUACCGUGCUCCGAGUGCCGUCAUCAGUGUGGAGAACGACACUCUGACCUGCAGCAGCUUUGGAUAUCCACUUCCCACAAUCCUCUGGUACACCUGCCCCGGGGUCCAGGACACCUGUGGAAACGUCUCCACCUAUCAGGUUUCUCCAGCUGAUGUGACCUCACAGGAGCAGGAGGAGGAGGAAGUGAGGAAACACCUGACCCUCCCUCUGUCACUUGGUGAUGAUGUCACUGUGGAGUGUGUCACCUACAACCACAUGGGAGUGUCUCGUGAAGUCUUUAAUCCUCGAAAACCUCAAACGUUCUUCACUCCGGCUCUGAUUGGAGCUCUGAGUACUGCCGCCGUCCUCCUUCUGCUCUUAUUGGUUGUGUUUUACAAGUGGAGACAGAAACCGAAAUACGAGAUUCGCUGGAAGAUCAUCGAGAGCACCGACGGAAACAACUACACCUUUGUUGACCCCACCCAGCUGCCGUACAACUACAAGUGGGAGUUUCCCAGAGACAAACUCCGCCUCGGUGCUGUUUUGGGUUCGGGGGCAUUCGGGAAAGUCGUCGAGGCGACGGCGUAUGGUCUGGGAACUGAUAACAAUGUCACCCGAGUCGCCGUCAAGAUGCUCAAACCGAGCGCUCACUCUGAGGAACGUGAAGCUCUGAUGUCGGAGCUGAAGAUCCUCAGCCAUCUUGGUUACCAUAACAACAUCGUCAACCUGCUAGGCGCCUGCACUCGAGGAGGCCCCAUGUUGAUGAUCACAGAGUACUGUAGCCAUGGCGACCUGCUCAAUUUCCUGCGGGCUCACACUCAGGACUUCAUGGUGUCCAUUUUGAGUGUGGAUGAAGUGGAGGGGGAGGCCUUCUAUAAGAAUAUGGCCGCCCAGCACGCCCGGCUCAGGAGCGACAGUGGGAUCUCGUGCUGUUCAGAGUAUCAGGAGAUGCAGCCAGUUCUGAGUCCAGGACAAACACACCUGGGUCUGCAGACAGAUAGUCUGUCUAUUGGUGACCUCAUGAGGUUUUCCCACCAGGUGGCUCAGGGUCUGGACUUCCUGUCCAGCAGGAAUUGUAUCCACAGAGACGUAGCAGCGAGGAACGUCCUGCUGACCGAUCGUCGUGUUGCAAAGAUCUGUGACUUUGGUUUGGCCCGAGACAUCCGCAACGACGACAGCUACAUCGUGCAGGGAAAUGCUCGUCUCCCAGUGAAGUGGAUGGCUCCAGAAAGUAUCUUUCAGUGUGUUUACACCGUCCAGAGUGACGUCUGGUCCUACGGCGUCUUACUGUGGGAGAUCUUCUCUCUGGGUAAGAGUCCCUACCCAAACGUUGCUGUGGAUACCAAUUUCUACAAGAUGAUCAAAGAUGGCCGCCACAUGGAUCAGCCAGACUUCGCUCCAGCAGAGAUGUAUCAGCUGAUGACGCUCUGCUGGAGUCUGGAGCCCACAGACAGACCAACUUUUAAAUUGAUUGGCCAGCUCAUUAACAGGCUCCUCCCCUCCACCAAUGACUCAUCGCGACAUCACAGCGACCAGUCAUACAGGAACAUCGAUGAGUGCAGAGAAGAAGAGGAAGAAGAGGAGGAGGUCAGAGGAGGAGACACACUGAAGAGAGAAGAAGAAGAGCGCAGCCAGAGAGAGCGCCAUGAUGAUGAUGAUGAGGAGGAGGAGGAGCCGAUGAUGAAGAACAUCUACCAGCUGUCCUGAUCGUCUCGUACAAUGGAAAUGUGUUUCGUCUGUAAUAAAGACGUUCAAAAUGAAACCUUUAUUCAGAGAUUCAGAGUGAACAAUAAUUUACAACAUGAAACCACCUCAACUGGAAUUUAGAAAUACUAAAUGUUGCCGGACCACCAACCAAACUCAUUUUAAAGCAUAAAAAAAAUCACAAAAAUAUUUUACAAAGAGCCAAACUAAGUUUUCUGUGUAUUUUUUAAAAGUUACGAAAUGUUAUUCCUGACAAGCCAACCAAACUGUUUUCUAAAUGUUUUUAAAAAUUACAUUGUUAUGUCUUCAUUAGAGAUUUUGACAGUAGAAAGAUGACAUUGAACGAUUAAAGUAUUUUCAAUAAAACCAUAAAGUAGUAGUUAAUAAGUGUUUUUUACUCACAAAAUCUCACAUUUUUGUAAUUCAUUGCAGGAUGUAAUUCUGACACUAUCUUUUAUUUUCAUUUAUUUUCUUUAUUGCCUAAAAACAGACACAUUUUUUAUAUCAGAAUCAGCUUUAUGAAAUGCAACGUGUGUAAUAUGUGUGUAAAUGUAACACAUUAUAAACUCUUGUUAAUGUCAAUAAACCCCAUAAACUCUA